UCCACUUAAAGCUGGGCCAUGGUCUUUAAUCCCAGCACUCGGGAAGCAGAGGCAGCCAGGUCUACAGAGUAAGUUCCAAGACAGCCAAGGCUACUCAGAGAAACCUUGGCUCGAGAAAAAAAACCAACAGCAAAAAAAUAACAAAAAAGAGAGGAGUAGGGCUCCGAUGGGUCGUAGCCGUGGCCACUCCCCGCGGAGGGAACGUAGGCAGUCCAGGUCCACAUCACAGGAUCCAGAAAGAAGGCGCCAAAAAAGGUCCAGAAGGAGCCGCUCAAGAUCCCCACACCAAAGACGCUCCAGGUCUCCAAGGCGACAUAGAUCCACAUCUCCUUCCCAUUCUCGACUGAAGGAAAGAAGAGAUGUGGAGAAGAAAGAAACUGCAGAAGUAAAGAUCGAAGAACGUCCGAUCAGUGAGGAAAAUCUGGAAGGUAAGACAGAGGAAGAAAUAGAAAUGAUGAAGUUAAUGGGAUUUGCUUCUUUUGACUCCACAAAAGGGAAGAAGGUAGCUGGCUCCGUAAACGCCUAUGCCAUAAACGUGUCUCAGAAGAGGAAAUACAGGCAGUACAUGAACCGAAAAGGCGGAUUCAACAGACCUCUGGAUUUUAUUGCAUGAGACUUGAGGUGUUGGAGAAUGUCCCCCCUCAUCUGGGCCAGAGAGUAUUUUAUAUUUUGCAUUUAAUACACCUCCAAAUAGGACCUUGGUUCUUCUGUGAAGGCCUAGACUUGACUUUACAGGCUCCAUCUUGGGGAAAGGGCCACCAUCUCAGACCACCUGCUGUACUCAGUUCCAGAAAGGACCUCA